CCACCAUGUUUAGCCAGCAGCAGCAGCAGCAGCUCCAGCAGUUACAGCAGCAGCAAUUGCAGCAGCAGCAAUUGCAGCAGCAGCAAUUGCAGCAGCAGCAAUUACUGCAGCUCCAGCAGCUGCUCCAGCAGUCCCCACCGCAGGCCCCGUUGCCCGUGGCUGUCAGUCGGGGGCUCUCCCCACAGCAGCCACAGCAGCCACUUCUGAAUCUCCAGGGCACCAACUCAGCCUCCCUCCUCAACGGCUCCAUGCUGCAGAGAGCUUUGCUUUUACAGCAGUUACAAGGACUGGACCAGUUUGCAAUGCCACCAGCCACGUAUGACAGUGCCGGUCUCACCAUGCCCACGGCAACACUGGGUAACCUCCGAGGCUACAGCAUGGCAACCCCAGGCCUCCCAGCCCCCAGCCUGACAGCCCCCAGCCUCACACCCCCGCAACUGGCCACUCCAAAUUUGCAACAGUUCUUUCCCCAGGCCACUCGCCAGUCCUUGCUGGGACCUCCUCCUGUUGGGGUCCCCAUGAACCCCUCCCAGUUCAACCUUUCAGGGCGGAACCCUCAGAAACAAGCCCGGACCUCCUCCUCUACCCCCAAUCGAAAGGAUUCUUCUUCUCAGACAAUGCCUGUGGAAGACAAGUCAGACCCCCCAGAGGGGUCUGAGGAAGCCGAAGAGCCCCGGAUGGACACAUCAGAAGACCAAGAUUCACCGCCCUGCCCAGAGGACGUCGCCAAGGAAAAACACGCUUCAACACCCGAGCCUCAGCCUUGUGAGGUGUCCGAGCCACCAGCCAAGAGGUUGAGGAGCUCAGAAGAGCUCACAGAGAAGGGACCUCUGGGGCAGCUACAGGUGAAGGUCCAGCCACAGGCCCGGAUGACAGUACCAAAGCAGACACAGACACCAGACCUGCUGCCUGAGCCCCUGGAAGCCCAAGUGCUGCCACGAUUCCAGCCACGGGUCCUGCAGGUCCAGGCCCAGGUGCAGCCACAGACUCAGCCACGGAUACCACCCACAGACACCCCGGUGCAGCCAAAGCUGCAGAAGCAGGCACAAACACAGACUUCUCCAGAGCACUUAGUCCCGCAACAGAAGCAGGUGCAGCCACAGCUGCAGCAGGAGGCAGAGCCACAGAAGCAGGUGCAGCCACAGGUACAGCCACAGGCAUGUUCACAGGCCCCAAAGGAGGUGCAGCUGCAGCAGGAGGCAGAGCCACAGAAGCGGCUUCAGCCCCAGGCACAUUCACAGCCCCCAAGGCAGUUGCAGCUGCAGCUGCAGAAGCAGGCCCAGACACAGACAUAUCCACAGGUCCAUAUACAAGCACAGCCCAGGGUCCAGCCACAGGAGCAGCCCCCAGUGCAGGUGCCAGUACAGCUACCAGAGCAGACUGAUGAGCAGCCUCAGACCCAGCCACAGGUGUCGGUGCUGGCUCCAGAGCAAGCACGAGUUGGGGUUCAUGUCUGCGGGCUGGAGACGCCACCUGAUACAGUAGAAGCUGGUGAAGGCAUGGAAAAGACCUUGCCAGAGCCUGUGAGCACCCAAGUCAGCAUGGAAGAGAGCCAGAAGGAGCCGGCCAGUGGCCUAGAUGUGGGAGAAUGUGAAAACAGAGUGAGAGAGAUGCCGGGGGUGUGGGGCGCUGGGGGCUCCCUGAAGGUCACCAUUCUGCAGAGCAGUGACAGCCGGGCCUUUAGCACUGUACCUCUGACACCCCUGCCGCGCCCCAGUGACUCCACCUUCUCCACCCCUGCGGCUACCAGCACGCCCUCUAAGCAGACCCUCCAGUUCUUCUGCUACAUCUGCAAGACCAGCUGCUCCAGCCAGCAGGAGUUCCAGGACCACAUGUCGGAGCCUCAGCACCAGCAGCGGCUAGGAGAGAUCCAGCAUAUGAGCCAAGCCUGCCUCCUGUCCCUGCUUCCUGUGCCCCGGGAUGUCCUGGAGACAGAGGAUGAGGAGCCUCCACCAAGGCGCUGGUGCAACACCUGCCAGCUCUACUACAUGGGGGACCUGAUCCAACACCGCAGGACACAGGACCACAAGAUCGCCAAACAAUCCCUGCGACCCUUCUGCACCAUUUGCAACCGCUACUUUAAAACCCCUCGCAAGUUUGUGGAGCACGUGAAAUCCCAGGGGCACAAGGACAAAGCCAAGGAGCUGAAGUCGCUUGAGAAGGAGAUUGCUUGCCAAGAUGAGGACCACUUCAUUACAGUGGACGCUGUGGGUUGCUUUGAGGGUGAUGAAGAAGAGGAAGAGGAUGACGAGGAUGAAGAAGAAAUCGAGGUUGAGGAGGAAUUCUGCAAGCAGGUGAGGUCCAGAGAUAUAUCCAUAGAGGAGUGGAAGGGCUCAGAGACCUACAGCCCCAAUACUGCCUAUGGUGUGGAUUUCCUGGUGCCUGUGAUGGGCUACGUCUGCCGUGUCUGCCACAAGUUCUAUCACAGCAACUCAGGGGCUCAGCUCUCCCACUGCAAGUCCUUGGCCCACUUUGAGAACCUGCAGAAAUACAAGGCGGCCAAGAACCCCAGCCCCACCACCCGACCUGUGAGCCGCCGGUGCGCAAUCAACGCCCGGAAUGCUUUGACAGCCCUGUUUGCCUCCGGCGGCCGCCCACCCUCCCAGCCCAGCACCCACGACAAAACACCCAGCAAGGAAGCAGCUGCUGGCCAGGAAUGUACCAGGCCCUUUGAACAUGCUGCUGUCUCUGCCUGGAAUGUGCUGAGUCCUCCCAUCUUCCUUCCCUCCUCUCCUCCUGGAUGAGUCCCACUCAUCCUUCAAGUCUCAGUAUGGAUGUCACCACUGGGAGCCCAUCCAAUGCUCCAGACUGGAUCAGGCCUCCAUGCUGAGCCCCUAGCCCUCCUCAGCCCUCCACGGCUCUCCCUCCAGGAUUGACCACUGUGCUUAUCUGAGUGCUGUUCUGUUUCCCCAUGGGAGGUGAACAGUAUUGUGUUCGCUGCUGGCUCCCUGCUGCUCUCAGUGUUGCAAUAAGCAUCUGUUGAUUGACUGAGUGAGUGAAUGAAUGGAGCCUCUGACUUUCCAGCCUCUCUGCCAUUGCUCAACUGUCCCUGCAACCUAGAAUGCCUCAACCACAACCGCCCUUCAAGGACCAGAUCCAAAUGCCUCCUCCAAGAAGUCUUCCCUGAUCUCCACUAGAAACCGUCACUCUCUUUCAGCAACACAGUGUCCCUGAGGACUCAAGGUCUGGGCCUGUGCCCACUGCGGGACUCAGUUCUGAGCCAGCCCGUGACUCAGAUACACUCGGCUGCCAGCUUGAGACCAAGGAAGAAGCAGCAGCCGGUGGAGGCUGGCAGAGGCCAGGGCUGGAGGGGUGUAUCUGGGUUAUGGGUGCACAUGUGCCUGCAUUCUGGGGAACGGCACCAUUGCCCAGAGCUGGCCACCCUCACAGAGGACAGAGUCCUGGGAAAUUGGCUGCAUCUUAACGUCCAACCCACUCAUGGUAUAGCUAGGGAAACCGAGGCCUCAGAAGGAAGGAACUUGCCCAGGAUCCUUCAGGUUGGUAACAGAGCCGAAACUUAAGACUGGACUUGGGGGUCAGAGGCACUUGGGUUUGAGUUCCAGCUCUGCUUUACCCCAGCAAGUUGUUGCACCUUUCUGGAAAAAAGAAAAUAAUGGUGUGGUUGUGAGGAUUCAAACAUAUCAAGGUUUCAGACAGUGGCCAGCACAGUGGCUCAUGCCUGUAAAUCCCAGCACUUUGGGAAACUGAGCAGGCGAAUCUCCUGAGGUCAGGAGUUCAAGACCAGCCUGGCCAACAUGGCAAAACACCAUCUCUAUGAAAAAAAAAAAAAAAACAA